AUGGAUGGUGAAGCAACAUUCACUUGCACGGCACUAGGUGAGACGCAAUGUACUUUCACUGGUCUGCAUCCGGAUACAAGGUACAACAUAACGGUGGCGGCCUGCUCAGUGGUGACAGAGGAGUGCUUUUCAGCUUGGGUACCACAUAUUACCGCGAGCACGCUUCCAACAGAUAUCAACCAGAUGCACGUAUAUGACAUCACACCAACCAGCUUCAAGGUCUCCUGGGGUUCGUCGCAAGUCCCGAUGGAAAGUCCCAUUGUCGAAUAUCACUACUUUGCCAUGGCCGCGGAUGGUGAAAUCACAAUCAACUGCACGGCACGUUAUGAGACACAUUGCAUCCUCAGAGGUCUUCAUCCGGACACCCUGUACAAUGUUACGGGUGUGUCAUGCACAAUAUUCACAGAGGAAUGCAGUCCGCUCUCCCCAGCACAGAUUACGGCCAGGACACAGCCAGCAGCCCCCGCCCACUUUCAAGUCACCGACGUGACACUAACCACUGUCAAUGCCUCCUGGAUGCCAUCGUCAGCACCCCUUCCAGUCACGACUCAGCCGGCAGAUCUCAACCAGAUGCAAGUAUCUGACAUCACACCAACCAGCUUCAGGGUCUCCUGGGGUCCGUCGCGGAUCCCAAGUGAAGACCCAUUUGUCGAACAUCACUACUCUGCCACGGCCGCGGAAGGUGAAAACACAUUCAAAUGCACGGCAAGUUAUGGGACCCAUUGCAUUCUCAGAGGUCUUCAUCCGGACACCCUGUACAAUGUUACGGGUGUGUCAUGCACAAUUUUCACAGAGGACUGCAGUCCACUCUCCCCAGCAAUGAUUACGGCCAGGACACAGCCAGCAGGUAUGCACCGCCCACACACCCUAUCUUUUGAAGCUUCAGGCCGCUGUACUUUAGCUUUUUUGCUUGCUCACCUUUGA